GAUGAUUGUCCAGUUAUAAACAUCAUAUUGUAUAUUAACCUCUGACCAAGAUAUAACGGUGUAAUGAGCAAUGGACAUUUCACUGACGCCUGGCAUCGUGUUGGCUGGAAGUUGAAAUUUUGGAAGUUACGUCUUGUUGAGUCGUGUCGAUGAUGGGCACCGAUAUAAAUUAUAAAUAACGCUUAUUAUUUAUCUAUAUCAAACACUGUACACUGCCGCGCAAAGACGUGUUGCCUCUUGUUUUGCCCGUGUCGUAUCUUGCUAUCAGUCAACUGACUGAGGUGAAUGCAGAAUGCUGAAAAGUAAUUGUUAGGUUAGGUUUAUUAGGCUUAUAUUUGGGAACACUGCAGUCAACGUACUUUUUUAUUGAGCCAUUUUUAGAUGCGUCUGAAUAAAUCUGAGCUACUUACUAGUACUGACUACUCAGUUGUAGAUACUAGUAUACUACCCACUUCCCAAUACUCACUACUUAGUAAAUUGAUAAAUCUACCUAUCGAGUACCGACUGCUGAAGGGACUCAUUAUUUAUUGAUUACAAGUAUAACAAUAACUUUAUAUUAUGAACUUCGACAUGAGCUUUGAAAUGGAUGAGAAUAUAUUAUCUGACGAAGAUGAAGAUUUGACAUAUGAACAACAAAGACUAAAACGUAUGAAAAAAAACGAAGAAAUUUUGGAUACACUGGGUAUAAAUCAAGCUGCGAAGACAUUAGCAAAUAGCUUACAAAAAAAGACAACAAGAGUUAAAAAAAAUAAAUUGAAAACUACAACUAUAGAACCCAUUAAACGUUCAUUAAGAAUAGCUCAUUUAUCAAAUCUUGGAGAAUCUUCUUACAAAAUUGUUCCAUCAAGACGUAAAAGAGAAAUUUCCGAUUUUGUUGAAAAACUGAAAGAUGAAUUAGCCAUUACAGAACCUGUUAAUGAUUUUCAUAAGUUACCAAGUCAAAAAUUUGUUCAUGUGUUAAGAAGUCUUGAUAUAAAUAUACCGCCAAUGAAAGUGAUUGAAAGUGGUAUCAAAUCUCUUGCUAUUCAUCCUUCAGAAACAUCUUUGAUAGUAGCAGCGGGAGACAAGAAAGGAAACAUUAUAUUAUACAAUAGAAAUUCAAACAUCCAAAUAUUUAUAGCUCAUAAAGCUCUAGUCAAUUGUAUUUCGUUUUGCUCUUGGGAUCUAAACAAGUUGUUUACUACAAGUUAUGAUGGAUCAUUCGGAUGUAGUGACAUUGCUAAAAACACUUUUGAUAUUAUUUAUAGAACAGAACAGAACAGAAUUAAUAAGAAAUCAAACUCCACAACAUGGCACAGUGAAUAUGAAAGAAAUUUUCUCAUUGGAAAUGAUUCUGGUCAUGUAGAAAUGAUCGACUUACGAAUACCAAAUAAAAUUAUCAACUCUGCCUGGUGUCAUGAAAGAUCUGUGCGUACAGUUCAGUGUCACCCAUUGCAAAAACAUUACUUUUUAACUUCAUCGGAAACUGGAAUGGUUUCCUUAUGGGACAUAAGAAGUAUGACUGACAAAUCAAUUAAUCCAAUUUUGCAAUUUAAGCAUCCUAAAGUAUUAACAAGUUCAUUUUUUUCUGCUCAUGGUAACAAAAUGAUAUCAACAUGUAAUGAUAACAAUAUUAGAAUAUUUAACACUGAGCAAUUAAAUUUAGCUGCCACAAAACCCAUAAAGAUAAUCCCAUUUAUGAGGCGUUUUAAUGAUAAUGAUUUUCAAGCAAAAUGGAAUCCUGGAAGAGAAGAUGCAUUUUUCAUGACAUCGAUGCUAUUGCCACCAAGAGCACAAGUUUUUGAUUGUGAUGGAAAUGUUUUACACGAUCUAAUAUCUGAAAACAUGACCAUGCGUUUUUCAGCCAUUGAAGUACAUCCCACUCAAGCUAUUUAUGUUGGAGGAAAUUCAUAUGGCCGUAUAAACAUAUUUAGUACCAAGAAACAACUAAUAUAAAGCUUUCCUUUAUUAAUUAACUUAUAUAUUUGUUUUUACUAAGCAAAAACAUACAUUUUCUUUACAAAUGUAUUAUUAUUAUUUUUAGAUAUUGUUAAUUUAUAAAUAUUAUAUUUUAUAGCAUAGAUUAAAUGGAUAAAUCCGUUUAACCAUACUUACAAUUAAUUGCCAUACUCUUUUUCCAUAAAUCUAAAUUUAUUUAAAUAUUUCAAUGUAUGUUAACAUUAAAAACUAAAUAAAGAAUUUCAAUCUUGUUUUUUCACUCUAUUUGUGAUGUGAAAUAUUACUUAAAAAAUACUCAUAGCACCAAUCAGUUUCUUUAUUUGUUUUAUUUAUGUUUUCACCUUUAAACUUAUAAUUAUUUUAGUAUGUAUCCUGUAUCAAACAUUAACCAUUAUUAUUAUUUAUUUAUCACAUUAUACUAAUUAGAUAUUUUAUGUAUUAUUUGCAAAUUGUCAAGAUUUUUACAAAUUAUAUUAUCAUUUAAACUACUAA